AUGCUUGCGCGCGUCCGAGUCUGCCAUUGUCAAUUGACCGCGUCGGCGCCGUCGUUUCGGCGACUCAUUGCCCUCGCCGCUGGCGUCCAGACUCGGCAGCCGCAGCGUGCCCAAGAUCGACACCUUUGGGCAGCGAGACAUGCCCAUCUUCGCGAUCCUCUGCCCUGGCGACGACGACGACCACGACGCCGGGCGGUCUGCGCGCACAUGUCGCCGGCAAAGGACCGCCCAACUACCGCAAGUGUGGAGGCUGUUCCGGGGUGCACUGGGAGCUGUCAGGCGCGCCAAGUCCAAGGCAAUCUGUACAAGCAAGGUGCAGGGGGCCCGCUGCGAGAACUGGACGAUGUUGCCCCUGCUCGGUCCAAGAGUCAGAUACAAAGCACAUCAGCUGCCCUCGACCGCGUCGCAACGGGCCUAGUCCCAGUUGGCCUCGCGCGGGCUAGUCUCACCUUCUCUUUGUUCACCGCAACCACGGCAAGAGCGGCCUCACGCCUCACCCUCUGUCAGUGUCCAGUGUCGCCCCGGGGUCGGUGCCAGGCCGAUCUCGCCAAGGCCCUGGCCGCUUCACGAUAA